AUGGCCUCAGCACAUUCCCGCCUAGUAGCAACAGCAAUAUGCUCUACUGGCCUGUCUACUGCCUUCCACUCCUCCUUCACAUCCCUACUAUCAACACAUUCAAUCUCCGUUACUUCAACUAGGAUCUUGUCGCCUCCUGCAGUCGCAACUGACUACUACUUGACACUGGAUCCAGUAAAAACGAAUAUUCUCGCAUUCAAUAAUGAAUUACUAUCGCUAUGUCGCUCACAUGCUGGUACAGAUGUCGUAUGUCAGACAGAUAAUGUGUAUAGAAGAAGCAAGAGACUGUUUAUAUUUGAUAUGGACUCGACAUUGAUACGGCAGGAAGUUAUUGAUGAGAUUGCUAGAUAUGCUGGCGUUAUGGAUCAUGUUGCUAAAAUCACAGAGGCAGCUAUGAAUGGUGAAAUCGACUUCAAGGAAUCAUUGAAAAGACGAGUAGCUCUACUUGCUGGAUGUGAAACGAGUGUGCUGGAUCGCGUUCGUGCUGAUUUGAUUUUCACGGAUGGAGCUCAUGAUAUGUGUCGUGUGUUGAAGAAGCUGGGGUGUAAAUUGGCUGUUAUAUCAGGUGGUUUCAUGCCCGUAGCAAUACGAGUCAAAAACGAACUAGCCCUAGACUACAUGUAUGCCAACCAACUAGCGACAUCACCAGACGGAAAGACAUUGACGGGUAUUACAAUCGGACCAAUAGUAGAUGGUCUUCGUAAAGCAGAAUUGUUGGAUGUUAUAGCGCAAUCUGAACAUGUCACUAAGGAACAGAUUGUAGCUGUUGGUGAUGGUGCCAAUGAUUUAUGGAUGCUGGCUGAAGCUGGAUUGGGUGUUGCGUUUAAUGCUAAAGCUAAAGUGCAAGAGAAGGCACAAGCUCGAAUAAACCAAAAGAGUCUUCGAAACAUUCUAUAUUUGUUGGGACUCUCAGACGAAGACAUUGCUCUGUUGCUGAUAUGA